GACCGAGCAGUGUGGCAGGGAGUUCCAUGUUUCAUGAAAGUGAAUGGUUUCCAUUUGGAAACCAUUCUCUGAGCUGCCGAAUCAAGUGAUUUUGUAAUACUUCUUUGUACUGAUCUUGCCUCAUUAUUCCUUUUACGACGUACAGACGUCCAGUGCCCUUGCCGUUGAUGACUGACCAAAUCAUCACUUUGGUGGGAUGUUGAACCGUUGGAACGACACAGUCAGGAACUUUUUUCCACAGCGACGACGCACCUACAGAGCUUUAUCCUGCAAAAUUUCGAAUGUGCUUUCGUCACUGAAGCAGAUCUGUCAAAAAUAGAAAAAAAUAUACAAACUUUCAUGUUUUUUUGCUUUAUUUACCUGAAAAUGAUAUGAAUGUGUAAAUUUUUGAUUAAAUUACAAUAUCUUACCGAUAUCCAGAAGUUCACUUCUUUGUCUUUCCAUUGUUUGCCCCACUUCAGGUGCUUUGCUUUCAUUGCAGCUCUAAACUUGGGUUUCUUGGCGGGGCGACAGGCCUUAAAAUCUAGCUCUUUCAAUUUUCUUCGAACAGUGCGUUCAGAAGCUUUUACGCUAGCAUCCUGAAGUUGUGAUUUUAGCAUUUUUGUGGUAGCAAAUCUGUUUUCUAGAAAAAUUUUCUUCAAACAUCUCUGGAAAGAAAUUUGGUUUUCUACAGCAUCUUUUCUUUCUUUUUGGACUUAAUUCCUCUCCUGACUCAAUUUUCUUUUUUAUGCGUCGUACAAUAACUUCAGAAACCUUCAAUCUUCGUGAAAUUUUGCGGUUUAUAAAUGUUUUCUCAUUCACAAGGGCCUUCAUUUCAGCUUUUUUACGUGGUGAAAGAUCUCCUUUUCUACCUAUAAUUGAUAAAGUCCAAUUAUUUUUGUUUAACACUACAAAUAAAAUAAAGAAAUAACUGAGUAGUAUUAAACUGUUAAACAAACAAUCGCAGUCCAUAAAGCCACAGAAACACGCAUGUACCUGACGAGAUUCCGAUUGCGACUAAUACAGGUUCGUACUUGUUUACGUUCAUGUAUCACAUUGUGAACACAGUGUUGCCAUAUGUUGAAAAUAAAUACAAAUAGGUAGUCUACAACAAAUCUUCGAAAUAAAAAUUAAUAUUAUUGUAGUUUAAAUAUACAAUUACUGCAUAAAAACUCUUAAGAAAAAAAUACAGUGCGUCUAAUAAUUUGGUCAGGGACUGUACACGUAAUAAAAAUGGCACCGAACCGAUAAUGUUGCUAGUAGAAGAUCUUGCAUGAGACGCCAUCUAUUGACAUGCGAUUUUCGUCAAUAAACACAGAUCGCUUAUAUUUAGAUGGAUCACGGCAAUGAUUUUUGUUAUAAUCAAAUUGACGUCGACUUCCGGUCUGAUCUUGAAUUAUUUGAAGGUAGUUCCAUAUAUGGACAAUCAGGAAACAUGUCCCUACGUUACGGUGUGACAAUAUUCAUUUUCUCUCUCGUUUGAGACACUAUCUAUACUGCGCAUGCUUUAGGAUGCGCAGAACUGAGCUUGAACCUCGUGGGAUAGAGAAAUCGUUGCCAUUCUGUCUUCCUUAGUCGAAACAGUUUCCACUUAUAGGAACUGUCCAUAUUGCAUAUAUGGUAAAUCCUAGGGACUUAAAUUCUUGAGUAUAUCUUGAUACAAUAAUUAAAUAUCAAAAUUUAAGCAUUUUACAAGUGAAAAGAGGAAGUUUACAAUUUCGAAUUGGCAACAUCGACGUAAAAUUCGCGGAGCGCGAUAAAACCAAGAAGCGAACAACUUAGAGGCAGCAACCGCGCGCGCGAUAUCGAUAAAUCGAGUGGUGAGUGCCAACAAUAUACCGUCAGUUUGUAUUCGACGCGGAGAAGGUGAACUUGUGUGUGGUGCUAAAUUGCUACUGUUUUAUUCGGUCGAGAGAUAACGGAUUUAUCGUAGUAUAUCUAAUUAUUUAAUAAUAUGAACUCCAUUGAAACUCUUCUAGAAGCUGCUGAAUAUAUUGCUAGACGAGAAAGGGAAGCAGAACACGGGUAUGCUUCAACCUUGCGUUUUCCAGAUGAUCUCAGAAGUGUUAUCAAACGGCCAAAAACGAAAAAAUCUCAGGGAAACAGGACAUCGCAUAACGAACUGGAAAAAAAUAGACGGGCACAUUUGCGAAACUGCUUAGAGAAACUUAAAGAUAUAGUGCCUCUGGGACCCGAAGCAUCUAGGCAUACUACAUUAGGACUUUUAACAAAGGCAAAGAGGUUUAUAAAAAAUUUGGAAGAUAAAGAAAGAAAACAUUCACAUAUAAAGGAACAAUUAAGCAGGGAACAAAGGUUUCUUAGGAGGAGGUUAGAACAACUCUCAGUUGAUUUUGCCAUGUCGAAAAGACGUUCCGUAUCGGAAUGUUCCUCGUCUUCAACAUUAUCUAGUAGUUAUUCAAACACGUCAUUUUCCUCUGCUCCCUCGCCUAUUUCGGAAUCAGAUGAGGUGGACGUGAUUGGUUAUACUAGUACCCAAAGCGAUACGGAUGAUCAUUACAGCGUCCAAUCAGCAUCGAGCGACAGCGGUGUUAUUAUUUCCACUUGCCGUCUCACUCUUUCCGAAAUGGAAGUGAUCUAGGCAGACAGACUGAUCCUAAAAUAGAAUAACAAUGAAAAAUGAAAAUAAAAAAGGAAGUGGACACCUCUCAAGCCAGUACAGCCAAUCCCGUAUCCCAAGCAAAUUUUUUCAACGGGACGUGAUCCAAACUAUUUAAGGGAUGUGUCCUACUAGUCAACGAACACUUCUUCUUUAGUCCAGUCAAUGUGUGACUGAUUUUUGGAAUGUUGAAUUGUGGAAUAAAAUAUUUACAUUUAAUUACGUUUCUCGGCCGUACAGAAUAAGGAAAAUUAUGGAUGUUUAGGUAUUUAGACCUAAGCUUCUUAUUUAUAACACCUAACAUUUAAAAACCUUAUUUAUAAUUAAUUUCACAAAAAUUCUUCCAUAUUUGUUAAGGAGACGUUCUGUUCUACAACAUAUGUUAAAACAAUUAACAUUGUAAACGACACUGCUAUCAGAAAUAUUUUUUUGCAAAUAAUCAAACUAACUAAACUCUUUUGGAUUAUGUUUAUCAAAUACUUUACCUUCAAAGAUCAAAAUUCAAAAUUUUAGAUAGAUAAUAGUUACUUGAAGUCGAUAAAAUGGAUAACUUUAUUUAAAUUUUUAUAUUAGAUUGUGUGUCAAACAGGAUUUUCAAUUAUUAGUGACAAAUUAAUGACAAAUUUGUACUCCGAAAUUUCAAAAUUAAGCUUUUGAACAAUUUUUUUAGGGUGCUCGAAAUAAUGUACCUUUUUCAAUAGUUAUACUGUCAAUAUAGACAUUUACCCUUGCCCCAAUUAUGCAAAAAAUACCUCUAGUUACAAAGAAUUGCUUGUGACAAGUAUUUAAUGCAAUAUUAACCCUGCGGGUCGGGCGCCUUGAAUCAGAUCUCAAACCAGGGGCUCUAGGUCAGAGACCCAUCACAAUAUAUGGUGUUUUUUGAAAAAAAAAUAUUCAUGGGUUAAUAAAAAAAAUACACAUUACUAAUGACAAACGUUAUAUUAAAAGAAUUAUUUAAAUAAACCGAACCAGAAACGUCACAUAUCCUAAAAACUGAAAAUAAAAAACAUGAAGGUGAAUAAAAUGAUACAUUUCAGUAUAGAUUAUUUUUUUUUAAUCUUUUUUACAAAAGAAACAUUUUUUCUGAUCCCUGGCUGGAAAUCUCCAUCUAUAGAGGUUUCUCCUGUUCCAGCAACUUCUUGUCUCCUUUGUCUUACAGUUCUGGGAUCAUUUGUUUCGUAAGAACUUUGCUCCAAAUGAUCUCUUGUCAAUGAUAUUCCAGCAUCUCUUAAAUAUAAUCUUAUCACAAUCUCAUAUGCUUUAUUAUUACACGCAAAAAUAAUUUGAGAAUUCACCCCGACCGUUUUCAUCAUUGCAUCGGUCACUUCCUGGUAUGCCUGGCUACAUCAGAGGUUUCAGAGAAUUUAUCAAGAAUAUCUACACCUCCCUUGAUAUGAUAAUAAUAGGUAAUUAUAUCGGUUUUACCACGAAAUAAAUUUCGGCCUCUAAGGCUAUGCAAAAACAUCAACAGACGUACUAAAAUGAAAAUCUACAGAACAGCAAUACGGUCAGCAGUAACCUAUGGAGGAGAAACGAUGAAUCUAACAAAAGCUGAUGAAAAAAAACUUCGAUAGAAAAAUGAUAAGUGGAAUAUAUAGGCCAAAACAACGCUGAAAUUAGAUUUAUAAAAUCGCACCGAAAAAUAUAAUAAAUUUCAAUUCUUGCUUUUUUUGUGUGUAAUGCUGUAGCCGCUUAAAAUCAUUUGGAUUAUUUGUGCGACCUGCUUCAUUUUCGAUUGGGAGCUUAAGUACCUCUUUAUUGAUACUAUUUUAUUUAUUGUUCGUAUACGAAUUGUUUUCGUUCUCGCAAAUUCAAACUUGUAAGUUUUGAAAAGGGAAAAACUAGUUUAAACUCGUCCAACUAGACAAAAGUAACCGUACCAUUUAGUACUUCUACAGUGAAAAGGAGAUUGAGAGAAACUGACCUUUUUGGAAGGGGUUGCAAUGAAGAAGUCAAAAUAAAAUUUGGAGGUUGCAGUGGGCUAAAAAACAUAAAAAUUGGACGCAUGACGAGUGGAAGAGAGUUUGAAUCAAAGUUUGAGGUUUUUUGGUCUAAGAGAAGACUGUUUGUAUUCAGGUCAAAGGAAGAAGGGAUGUUAGAUGUGUAAUCCCGACUGUAAAACAUAUCGGAGGCACCGAAAUGGUAAAAAUUGAAGGUAUUUAGAAGAAAGAAGGCUUUAAAAAAUAUUAAGGGAAAAUGUAGUACGCGUGUGAUCGGCAGAAAAUUGAUCUUCCAGCUUGACAACGAUCCGAAGCCUUCUUCAUAGCUGCUCAAAGUGUAUAUGAAAGAAUUGUAGAGCGAAAACGUACUCAAAGUCAGUCAGAAAGCAUUGUCCUCCUUCUACUCCACAACUUCACAAUAUCCUAAAAAACGAAUAGACGACGAUUAUUUGUCGUAAUUUCGGUCGUAUUAUAGGGUAGGCAAGAAAUUUUGAUAGGUAGUGUAUUAAUAUAUUCAUUUACAAGAACCUCGUCGAACUACUUAUCCACAAACCUCUUCAUAAAGAAUUGAAGAAUAUCAACACAAUUGAACUUAUAAAUCACAUUCUUAUUUGAUAAAAACCAAUGGGAAAGUCAAGUAACAAGUGAUCUGAACAAAAUGUGAGUCCGUGGAUGGUGGAGAAAUACCCAGAACAGGAAAAAAUGGAGAAAAAUAGCGGAAAAACUCAAAACUCACCGUAAUAAAUGAGUCAAAAAACUCUUAUUGAACGGUUACUCUUCCUACUGGAAUCCUCUAAUCAAUCAAGACAUACAGAAGUUUCUACUUGAACAACUUUCAUCAAAAAUUCUUAUAUAACUUCAACUCCAGUUUUUAAGUUACAAAUAAAAUUUUUAAGCAACAAAAUCAUCUUUCUAAGCAUCUGAUCUGACCAGUUUUGUCACUAUCAAAUUAUAUUCUGGUAAAACUCAGUUUACUGUAUAGAAAACAAAAGUUUUACAGUUUUACUAGCAAUUUCAAAAAUGGAUUUUGAAUACGAAUAACGGUUUGUAUGAGAAAAUUUUAUCAGUGUUUCAGCUAUCUUAGAAUCUUGUAUACAAUUCAAGAAAAGAUUGUCGUAGAAUGGUUAGUCAUUAGUAAUAAAAUUUGCUUUACAAUAAUAUCAACAAAAUCUAUCAAACUGGAAUUUCUGGAACCAUUGGUGAUAUUCAUACUGAACACACUUUUUAUUUCUAGCACUACACCAACACUCACAAUUACACUGUCUAACUCGCGUUACGAUAACCGUCUCUGAAGACGAUAACUUGGUUAUCGAAACGCGCGUUAGAGAGUGUAAUUGUGAGUGUUGGUGUAGUAGUGAUUUAAACAGUGUAUUCAGAAUAAAAUCUAUGUUUAGAGAAUUUACUUGAUUUUUUGAACGUAUAUUUGCUACAUUCGUAGUUAUUUCAUAAACAGAAACGUUAUCCUUAUAAAUGUAAAUUUUAUUUCACAAUAUCGAUCACAUAAUGUCUGAGCUAAUAAAAUUAUCAAUAUAUUCAUCUUUAUAUAUAUUAUUUAUAUGUAAAUUGUACAUAGUUUCAACCUGAAUCGUAUAAUAUUAGUAACAGCUGUACUAUUAUGAAAUACUUGUAUACAUACGAACAAUCAAACUAAAAAACUUAUUGAAUAAAUAUGUGAUUGUAGAAUUCCCUCUUUGUACUUUUCGUAUUUAGUACUUCAUAAUGGGAUAGUCUAAAUUGUAAUAAGGAGAGGAGAUUGACUGCGCUGCGGCGCAUAUUUUUUAUUACAUUCAUUGAAACGUUCCUUUAAAGCAAUGGUUCUAAACCUUUCAAAAUUUUGCUGCACCUCCCGCAGCUACAUUCUUCUUCUUCAAGUACCAUAAACUUUGCCGCUUGUAGCUGUUCUCUUGUCCAAAACUUUUAAUCUAUUAUCUGAAGGCACCCUAAAUUCCAUAUAAGUCUCUUAUAUUCCGUAACCAGGAAUGUUAUUCACGCCCUCCGUUCUCGUCAAUAUAAGCUUGAAAGUUGAUUAUCUCGGUCCUCGCAGGAUGUGUCCCAAAUAAGAUACUUUUCGUUGUUUAUUUACCGCAUCAUGUGCUCGGUCCUUGGGAUCCGCAGAAGUCUGCGCAACAACCACAUUUCCAUAGCUUCUAUUCUGUUUAAGGAUCUCACUUUCAGGGACCACACCAUUGGGCCAAAUAUAACAUUUCAUCUUAACUUAUCAAACUUUGUAAAAGCUGUUUUUGCAAUUGCUCUUCUAUAUUUAUUACUAUAAAUAUAAAUGGUAUAUUCUUAUGACCACAAAAUGUCUUUACACUUCCAAGACCAGAAAGUUUUGGAAAUUGAGAAGAUAAUUAAGGAUUCUAAUACAUCAUAAUCUAUUAAUCAUCUACAAAACAUCCAUAUUCACAAUCACACCUGUUUUUUGACCUUCAGGGCACCCAUAUAGAAAAGUAGAAUAUGUGAAAACUGUGUUUGGUAUAUUAACAAUCAUACUCUACAAUGAUCUAACGUUAUUUUUCCAGAAUAGAUCUGCUCCAGGAAAUUUCGAAAGGUUAUUUGUAUAAGCUACUAGAAACCUAACCUAACCAAUUCAGCUUCGUCGUGUUGGUGUCUGCUUAUGAUUAUUACGAGGGGGUACCCAAAAAUAACCGGACUUAUUUUUUAAAUGCUAUAUAUUCACAAAUAUUUACAAAACAACCUUAUCCCCUUCAUUACGAGUAAUACAUUUGUCCCAGCGGUGCUUCCACUGUUCGAAACAUUGUUUGAAUACAUCUUUAGAGAUGGCUGACAGCUCCUGUCUCACAGCACAAAAGCCAAUCAAUUAUUUCCUUGUGUUGUAGGUAUUUAUUCAAAUAUAUAAAUUAUCACACUAUUAAUUGUUAUAACAGUCGUAAUAUAAUUAAAAUUCUUCUCUCCGUAGAAGUAUUGAAAAAAUCUGGAAUCAUCAUCAAUCAGAUUAGGGAAUAAUGUGUGUCUCUUCUGAUUGAUUUGUUGAAUCAAAAUUGAGGACUUUCUGGCCAGCUUAUGCUCUUUCUCUUCUUCUUCUGCCAGCAAGCAAGAAACUAUUAUGAUUUCUUCAAUAUACAUAAUGUACAUUUCACAAAAAUCCAAAUUUUUUAUAAUAAACGAAGUCAAAAACCAAACGCACGAGACUUCCACAGCCAAUCACACUCACGACUGGCGAGAGACCUCGAAAUCGGUAAUUUCUGGAGCUUACGUACCUGCGUGCGCAGCCGUCGAAAUAAAUCCGAUCCGUUCGUUGCGAACGCUCCGUCCAAUGACAACAAGUGUGUGACUACCUUAAGGAAUCAUCUAUAAAUUACCUCACAAGAAUUUUAGUGCUUUCAAACCCCUCCCCCGUCCUUUGUUACAUUUUUAUACUCCUUCAGAUGUGACGUCACAUUUUUUUUAGAUUCAUGCAUGUAUUCAAAAAUAAACGAGAUAAAACCAUUUAGCAUAACAGCAAAUUAUCAAUAUUUGACUUGAUUUUUUUAAGGAAUAUCCGCGAAUCUCCACUUUCUGUAAUGAUCAAUCUUUCCCCUUUUGUCUGUAUAUACGUUUUAACGAUACUAAAACUUUCGAGGAGAUAUGACGAGGAAAACGCGAUCAGAAGCUGUUGCAUAAUUCCCCACAGUCCAGGAUGUUUGUAGGGUAUCUCUACUUGCAGCCAAAAUUUUGCAGCUCCUCAUUAGAGCUAAGCUUAAGUAGCUCAUCUUGUAAUAUCACAUAUCCACUUCCCUUUCAUCAAAUGGAUUAAUGAUCCAUUGUGGUAAUUCCAUCGUCAAAAUUUGAUUUUAAAUACAUCAAAUGUUGAACGUAUGUCUGAUCAUCUUCAUUAAGGCAUUUCAUAUACGAAAAGUUUGAAAACUGAAAAGUAGCGUCGACCAAUAUUUCUUCAUAAAUUCCAAUUUACCAAGCUGAAAUGACACUCUCUAUUUUUAUUAUAUUAAAACUGUCCAUUUGUAGAGGUCAUUAAAUUUUUUAACCAAAUCUAUUAAAAUUGAUUAGGUUUUCUUUGAAAUCAGGAUUUUUACUUUAAAAACCUUAACAGUGAGUCAAAAAGUGAAUAAAAUCUUGAUAAACAUAAACAUUUCGACAACCAGCGUACUUCGAUAUGUAAAAGCAAUCGUUGGUAGUCUUCUUCAUCGCAGAAUUGUGGAAAUUCAAUGCAUUGCUUAUUUUGUUAACUGUAUUAAUCACAAAUUAAAGCGAUUGGUGCAAUCUAUUAGUCAAAUGCCCCACCUCAAUAUUUACACCUUUUUUAAUAACUAAUUUUCAAUCAGAAGAUUCAAGACGAUUUAUCAAGAAAAAAAGGUUUAAAAGUUAUAGUAAUUUGAUACAUAUUAUAUAACUUCUGUUAUCCUGAAUUGAUUAAAAUCUAAAAAUUGAAAAGUUUCUGUACUAAAAGUUAAAACUUUUCGAAAGUCCUAAUUGAAAGGAACGCUUUAAUGAGAUAAUUGUUUAUAAGUAACCUCUCUUUGUUAAAUAGUUACUAUGACCUGUAUAAAUCUGUGUAAAUUAGUGAUAAUUUCAAUAAUUCUAAGAAACAAAUAUUAAUGCACAGGCUGUAUAGAACUAAUUAGAAAUAUGAGGAUUUAUAUUAAGCGCCAGUGGAAAAGGGUAAAGUGAUUUCUAUAAUUUGUUAUAUUAUUUUUUCUUCAUUAUCACUGUACCUGCAUAUUUUUAAGGAUUUAUUUUUAUAAUUAUUUCCUUAAAUAAAAUAAUUUCUGUUUA